ACAGUCAGUCCACAUGGACAUUGUGAUCAGUGAGGCUGGGUACUGGCCUGUGCAGGAUAUACAUACUGCAGGGAGGGAAGGAGUGCACAGACAUUAUGGUGAUCAUGAAUCUGCUCUUGCUGACUGUAGCCCUGAUUCUACUCCCUGUAAUAUCAGCAAAUCAAAGGGAUUCAAUAAUUCAUUCUGCUCCCUACAGGGCUGGCACAUUUCCUGCUACUACUGACAAGCUUCUAGGAAAGUGGUAUAUAACUCGCUGGGCUGGAAACUUGCCUAUUCCUGCAAAGAAGAAGUCCAGCCCACUGCCACCUUUUAAAUUUGUUAUUAAUGCUAUUGGGAAGUUGGAGUUCAGGAUGAAGAUCAUGAAACCCAUUGGAUGUGUUUUAUUCAAGCAGUAUGUGGAUGGCUUCGCAAACCACCCUGGUUUGUUUCAAGCAUGGUCAAGGCACUACAUUGGCAUCUAUUUUCUGACCACAGAAGACUUUGCCCUGGCAUACUACAAGGACAACUUUAAACACCCCACCUACAUAAUGACAAUGCUCAUGGUUCCUAUGAAAAGACAUCUAGUGAGACCACUUGCUUCAGGUCGUUCUCUGGUUGUAAAUCCACAAUCUCUGAAGUUGUAUGAAAAAUUUGUGUUGAAUACAGGCCUGAACAGAACAGACAUCUUCAACCCUCCUUGUGAUGUCUGUCUCCUUUUGUUUCUCCAAAUAGAAUCUUGUGAGUGAUCUGAGAAUCCUGGUGCAUGGAACGCGCUCUGCAGAGAAGAAUCAGCAAACAGAGGCUGACAACUUUCGCCUUCUGAACUUGAACGCCUUCCUUUUGCUAAGAUUGGUCAGACCCCAAUGCCUGGAUCCCUUCCCCAUGCUACCAUUCAAUAAAUCUAGUCCCUUUCUUUUGGCACAUGUA